UAUAAAUAAAUAUCGUGCGAUAAUCGUUUGUUUUAUAAAACACGGGUUAUAAUAUAUCGGAGACCUCCCACCCACGCGAUGCGACGUGACUGCGACGCGACACGAAAGCAACUAAUCGUGGGCGAUUGGUACUGUCAGUCGCUUGAUAAAAGUUUUCUAGUCAACCACAUGACUUCAAUAACAUAAUAAACAAAUAUAUUAUUUUAAUAAUAUUAUUAAAACUGUACUAUAUUUUACUUUAUUACUUACUAUACUUUACUAGUAGGUAUAAUUACAUAGUUAAUUAUAUCAUUUGGCAAAUAUCACUAUGGCAAAAAAAAAAGAAAAAAACUUAACUAUAAACCUUGUUGAAGCUGUAGAAAAAUUUCCAUGUUUGUAUAACUUCAAAAUACCAGAAUACGCCAGAAGGGACAUUACAGAAAAGGCCUGGUCAAAGGUAGCAGAAGAAGUCAAAGAGACAGUUACAUUCUGUAAAGAAAAAUGGAAAAACUUAAGAACUGUCUUUGUCAGAAAUAAUAAACCAACACCUAGUGGAUCUGCUAGAAAAUCAAAAAAGCCGUAUUAUUUAAAUGAACAUUUACAAUUCCUAUUACCAUAUGUAAAACCUAGUACUGAUUUGACUACUUCAAGAAAUCUUUCUUCACCCACCCCAGAUCACGAAUCAGAAAAUAAUAAACAAAGCGACACUGAAGACCAAGAUGAAGAUCUCACUCAACAAGAGCAGAACUUAAGUGACAAAAUUACAAAUGAAAACCAUGAAAAAGGUCAUAGUCCUGAAAAACAAAUAAAAGGCACCAAUAAGAAACGAAAGAGUGAAGUUAGUCAAGUUGAUCAAAGUUUUAUUGAUUUUAUGAAACUGAAGAAGACGAAAAUGUGUGGAGAAGAUCCAAGAAAAAUGUUUCUUCUUAGUUUAUUACCUGAUAUUAACAUCAUGACUGAUAAACAGAUGAGAAUGUUUAAAAAAAAAGUAUUGGAGGUGGUUGAUGACAUUUUAACAGAAAAUCCAACACCAACUUCAAACACUCCAAUUACGUCUCAUCCUAACACUGCAUUUUCUUAUUUAUCUGGUUCGUCAUUAUUGGGGCAGUGAAGUUGUUACAUUUGCAUGUUUUUUAUAAAUGUUUAUAUUUAUUGCUGAGUGUGCUUAAAAUAUAUUUCAUUAAAC